AUGAGUAGUAGUGAACCUUCCUCUCAUUUAGCCAACUAUUGGAAGAUAAUCUAUGUUUUUCUAAUUGGUAAAAGUGUACAGUAUCUGCUGGUGAUAUCGACACCUCCUUUCCCGUUCGAUACGUCUACUUCAUUACUUCUGGAUACCCUGGUGACAGAUAAGUCUGAGAUUAGCAACUUGGCGAAUAGAUUGGUGUGGAAUAAAUUACUUUCGUGGGAUGCCGUAUAUUUCAUUAAAGGUAUGAUCGAUUCUCCAGAAUUUGAAAAUGAAUUUGCAUUUUCUUUACUGUGGAAAAAGUUGGUGAAAAUGUCAACCAAUGGAGAUAAUUUCUAUCGCAUUUUAUACACUGCUGUUUUCUACGAGAAUAUUUUCCAUCUAUUGUCAUGUUUGGUACUUUAUCAUUUAACGCUGGAGACAUUCGGAUCUAAAAGAAAGUUUUCGAGGGAAAUGGCAUUGAAAACUUCUAUUUUGUUUGUAUUCACAAGUGCAGCCGGUUUCUUACUAAGCAUUUACUCCGAAUCAUUGUCAUGCUUACUUGCAUUUACAGGUGUCUGGCUUCGAGAAUUGAGUGUUAAGUUCGUUAGUUCUAAACAAUUUGACAUUCCAUGGAAAUAUUGGCCUUUGUAUGUCAUCGCAACUACGUUAUGCUUUACUUUGGCGACUGUAAAUAGAACUAAUUGCAUAUUACUGGGACUUUUCUACAUUUUUGAUCUUUUCCAACUCAUUAAAUUACGUCAUUACAAGAAGGCAUUCUUAAUUCCUUUCCUAGCGGGAUUUCUCAUGUUCUCCUGUAUCAUUUAUCAACAGUAUUACAUUCCAUUCAGGACAUUUUGUCCUCAAAGAGGUGAAUGGUGUCAUACACAAAUUUAUGGAUUCAUUACAAAGGAAUCAUUAUAUUCUUUUAUUCAAUCAAGAUAUUGGAACGUUGGAUUUUUACGUUACUGGACGAUAAGUAACGUACCAAAUUUUAUUAUGGGCUUCCCAAACUUGAUAAUACUUGUAUAUUCGAUAAUUUAUUUCACUAGAGUGUAUCCAAUUAACAAUCUUAAGCCAUUAUGUUUAAUAAGUGGAGGAUUUCUCAUUAUAAUGAUUUUUUUGGCACAUUUCCAGAUUAUAAAUAGAUUAAUAACGUUUAUCCCACUUCAUCUUUGGUACCUUGCCGAUCGAUUAGUUAAGAAAGGUCAAAUCAAAGAGGGCAAGAUGAUGAGAGGUGGUGAUGAUACGAUCGUUAAAAGUUACAUAUAUUGGUUGAUGAUUUGGAUACCUGUACAGACGGUGCUGUUUGCAUGCUUCUUACCACCUGCAUGA